AUGCACCGGCUGCUCCGCGGGCUCGCGCGCGUCUCCGCGGCGUCCUCCGCGGCGCUCGCGCGUCGAUCGCUCGCCGCGGACGCGGCCGCGACGACGUCGUGCCGAUGGCGGUGGACGGUGGCGACGGCGACGGCGACGACGACGGCGACGGCGACGGCGACGACGCGCGUCGAUCAUCAAACCCUAUUCGGUGCCGAGGCGAACGGGCGUUGGACGACGACGAGAUCGUUCGCGUCUUCGUCCUCCGCGCGGGGCGACGGCGACGACGCCGCGUCUUCUUCUUCCUCCUCCUCCUUCUCUCCCUCCUCCGCGAGGCCGAAGAUGACACGGAAAGAAGAGGAGGAGUACGACGAGCAGAUCCCGCGGAGGCUCCGCGGCGGCGGCAUGCACGUCCUCGUGCGAAACGACGACGUCGAGCAAGCCAUCCGAAAGUUGUCGCGCGCGGAGAGAGACGAGGGGAUCGCGCGCGAGUUCAAGAAGCGAGAGUAUUACCUGAAACCGUCCGCGCAGAGGCGUUUAGACAAGAAGGAGCGCGAGCACCGGCAGUGGAAGCGCGAGAUGCGCAAGAAGCUCAACUGGAUCGUCCACAGGAAAGCGAGAGGCUUCUAG